AUGCAUCAUCGACUUGAAGCUAAAUAUAUUGAAGACACAGAAGUCCCCAUCUACAGCUGUCCUACUGAAGCUGAUGUCGGAAGCUAUAGAGUAAUUGUUUACCAAACUGUGGCCAUUCCUCCCAACAGUGAAGUUGUCAUUUCAGCUACAGUGUCUGGUGUUGACAAAGGAUUGAGAUGGGGUGCAGUGGAGGGUCACCAUAGUAACCCAACAGGCGUGAUGGUUGGUAGGACACUUAUAGAUUUAGAGGCUCCUUGUGUACCAGUUCGAAUAGCCAAUUUGAAUCGGCAUACACAAACCCUACAAGAAGGUACCUGUGUUGGUAAAUGUGAUCGAGUUGAUUUUGUCAUUGAUGUUCCACCUCAAGAGGAAAAGGAUGUUGGAGAGGCAGGAGAUGUCGAAAGAGAGUUGGCUCCGGAUUUGAAGUCGCUGUUUGAAAGGAGCAGCGUAGGAUUGUCCGGGGGACAACAAGAAGGAACGCGGGAGUUUUUACUGAGACGACAAGACCUGUUCUCCAAGGGGUCAAUGGAUUUGGGACGGAAAAACAUACUUACACACAAGAUAGAGACGGGUGAUGCUCAACCUAGUCGACAGCGGCCGUAUCGAUUACCCCCAGCCAAGAGGGAGGAGGCUGUCAGAGCUAUUGACGAGAUGAAGUCACAAUGA